AUGCCCGGAAAGACCUCGUCCCCUCCACGCAUCACCAAAUUCACCAACUGCCGCAUCAUCAAGGGCAAUGAUCUCAUAGAGCAAGACGUCUGGAUAGAUUCCCUGUCCGGAAAGAUCCUUCGAGCUCAGGAGGCGUUCUACGGCUUGCAUCUUUCUCCCAAUGAGGUCGUCGACUUGGGCGGGCGCAUCUUGGCCCCGGGCCUCAUCGACGUGCAGCUGAAUGGCGCUCAAGGCUUCGAUUUCUCCGUUCCUCAUGCCUCCAAAGAAGAAUACGAUGAAGGUUUACGUAUGGUCAACAAGGGCCUUGCCCGCACGGGUGUGACUUCAUAUCUACCAACAGUUGUUAGCUCUACCCCGGAAGUGUACUGGAAGGUACUUCCUUCCUUAGGGCCAUCGGGAAGCAAACACUGUGCGGAAGAUGGGGCAGAAUCGCUGGGUGCACAUGUAGAGGGCCCGUUCAUUAGUCCGGGUCGCAAUGGUGUCCACAAGACCGAGGUCUUGCAGGCUGCAAAAGACUUCCAAGACCUAAUCGAGUGCUACGGCAAGGAGAACCUGACGGGGGACACGCAAACGGUGAAAAUGAUCACCGCGGCUCCAGAGGUCGGGAAUAUGAUCGCUCAUAUCUCGUCCCUGACCUCCCGGGAUAUCAUAUACUCUAUCGGACAUUCUGAUGCCACGUACGAGCAAGCGAUGGCAGCCACUGAACAAGGAGCGACCAUGAUCACCCACUUAUUCAACGCCAUGCGGCCUUUCUACCAUCGAAACCCGGGCAUUUUUGGCCUGUUGGGUCAAAACGAGCGCCGUCGACCUUGCUACGGCGUGAUCGCCGACGGUAUUCACCUUCACCCUACCUCCGUCCGCAUCGCGUACAAUGCCCACCCAGAUGGACUCAUCCUGGUCACCGACGCCAUGAAGCUCUGCGGUCUCCCGGACGGCAUCUACGAGUGGACCAACGGCGAGCGCAUCAUCAAAACCGGGGCCCGUUUAACCCUUGAAGGGUCGGACAAGAUUGCCGGCAGUUCUGCCACCCUCAUCGAGUGCGUCAACAAUUUCCGCCGAUGGUCGGGCGCCUCGACCGCAGAGGCUCUGAACUCUGUGACAGCCACGCCGGCACGCCUCUUGGGGCUGCAGGGUGUCAAGGGUUCUAUGGAUAGCGGUGCCGACGCAGAUCUGGUGGUGCUCAGCGACGAGACAGAUCCCUACUCCGGACCCACUUUGACGGUUGAUCAGGUGUGGAAGCGUGGAGUCAAGAUCUUCGAUACCGAGAAAGGGGCAGCCGUUGGCCGAGCGUGA